AAUACGAUAUUGUGUCUAGUCAAUGAAAAAAUGUGUUGAAAGUGAUUCUAGAAUAAAAUUAUAACCAUGAUUCAUUGACAUUUCGUGACUCAAAUUGUUACAUGUGGUUUAACUUUCUUUGUUUCACUCUGAAGUACAAAAAAUUGAAUUAUAAUUUCAUUCGCAUUUAUUUUAUUGCAAUAAUAACUUAAAUUGUGCCCUCUACCAUGUCGGUGCAAGUAGUAACUUCAGAUUUCGUCGAAGUCGACAUCACAAACUCCUUAAAUGACAUCGUUUGCAUGCAAAAGAGAUUCCCCAAAUCAAUCACAAUUUCCGAUUUCAAAUCAAAACUAGAAAUGAUAACAGGAGGCACAGCUAACAAUAUGAUUUUACAAUUACUAAAGAGAAAAGAUGAUCUAGUAUGUCUUCUCGAUAAUGAUAAUGCAUUAUUAGGAUCUUAUCCCAUAGAAAAUGGUAUGUUAAUUCAUGUGAUAUCAGACGCUUCAUACAUUGUAGAAAACGUGGAGAAAUUUGAAUUAUCUAAAGAGGAAUACACUAAAAGAUCAGAUACUGUCCAUAGUUUUCUCAAAAACAAUAAACUAGGUAAAUAUGAUGAAAAUCGGCAGAAAGAACUUGAAGAACAAUCUAAGGCUAAAGAAUUAGCACUAGAAGAAAAACUUAAAACAAUAAAUAUUGGAGGCAGGUGUCUGGUGCAAGUCAAAGGGCAUCCAUCAAGAAAGGGCACGGUUAUGUAUAAAGGAGAAGUUGAGGGACUAGAUGGCAUAUUUGUUGGAGUGAAAUAUGAUGAGCCGCUGGGGAAAAAUGAUGGCUCUUUUAAUGGAAAGAGAUAUUUUGAAUGUGCAAUGAAAUAUGGUGGUUUUGUUAAACCGGCACAUGUGGAUGUGGGAGAUUAUCCUGAAGAUGAAUUAGAUUUGGAAGAAAUUUGAAUAACAAUUACUAAAGAAUCGAGAAUACUUUUCACAGUAUUAAGUGAAAUGCAAAGGUUUAAGCAUGAU